UACAUCAGAUCUGUGCUACACAGAGGAGGAGAGACACACACGAGCGGCCGACCCAUCACUACUCAUCCCCGGAGACUGGUCCUGUCCUUCCCCUUCACUGCUGUUGUUGGAGCUAUGAAGUCCCCCAAAGUCAAGUCAUCCCGGAGAGCUGCCUUUAUUGAAUAUGACGAUGAUUUGAAUGAAGUGCUGUGUGAAUUUGAUGCUGUGUUGGAAGAUUUCUCCUCGCCGUUUAACAAGAGACGUUUCCGUUACGAUGAACACCUGAAGACCAUGAAGAGGAGGAGCAGUGCCAGUAUCAGUGAUAGUGGUAUCAGUGACUCAGAAAGUGCAGACUCACUUUGUAGAAACAGUUUUAGCUUCAGCGAUGAAAAACUAAAUUCACCGACUCUGUCUUCUUCAUCACUGUCCUCUCCAACAGAAACACCACGAAAAGCUAAACUCGGAGAUACAAAAGAGUUGGAAGAUUUUAUUGCUGAUCUUGACAGGACACUAGCAAGUGAGUAUAUUUGUACAUAA